GUGGUGCAAGAAGUUCGCGCCAUGAGCAGCCGCCAUGAUUCAGAGAAGCCAGUUGGCCUGCCCAUCCGCAAAGCACAUGGCCACCAAAGGGCACCGACACCUCUUGCUUUGCCUGCCCCGCCCCCAGAGGAUCCCAACGUUGAGAUUGCAGUGGUGAAGGCACCUCCAACUCAACCUCCACAUGAACCUGGAAUGUCUUCGUCAAGACCACAUUUGGCUUUGAUGGACGGGCCACCCAGUGAAACCGAAGAAACUGAAAAGAAGGCUUCUGAUACUUCAGCCAUUGCCGUGAACGAAGCGUUGGCGGCUUGCUUGCAGAACCGAGACCAGGACAAGAAGGACAAGAAAGAUCAGAAGGAGAAGCCUGAGGAGAAGGUACAGAAGGAAGAUGGUUCCCCAAAAGUCCAGGAACCAGCAACUCAAGCUGACCCACCAGUGACCAAGACCAAGAACCUUCCCGUGAAAAAGCCAAAGGCUGCAGCAAAGAAGAGUGCGACAACAAAGAAGAUUGCAAAGGCAAAGAGCGCGGCAACCCCUGAGCCCAAAGCAAAGAGUGCCAAAGUUUUGAAGCGACCUGCAGCGCCAACCUCACAGAGUUCGACAGAGAAGGUGAAGGAUCCUCGGAUCAAGGAACGACUACAAGAUGACGAUACAGAGCCUUCCAGUGAGUGCGACGAAUCCUUGGAGGCAAGCUAUUACCGGGAACAAGAUGAACAACAGGUUUCCAAAGACGAGAUUUCCACCACUGAAAUCUUUGAGACAGCCGAGAACCCAAAUGUGAAGAAGGAGGAUGAGCAGGAGAAGCUGCUGACCAACCUCGUGAACGCGCUGCAUGGUGUUGUGACAGGAACUGUGAAUGGCAGUACUGUACUCGCAAAGAGGCAAGCCUAUGACUGGGAGGUCGAAGAAACGGCCACCAUUGCCACCACCACCACCUUUGCAGCAAGGCGCUCUUCGGGAGCAGGCGCGCUGGCAUUCUUCACGCUGCUGUCAGCGUCUUUGGGGAAAGGCUCGGCUGACAUUUGGCUGCUGCUGGGCUUUUUGGCUCAGCAACUACUGCUGGUCUUGCUGCUUCUCCUGGCUUCGCAGGUGGCAUUCCUGCUGGUUCCGGAGGCGGUGCUUUGUGUGUCGCGGCCGCUUUUGCUGGUCUUGCUGCUUCUCCUGGCUUCGCAGGUGGCAUUCCUGCUGGUUCCGGAGGCGGUGCUUUGUGUGGUUCUGAGAUGCCCAGACAUUGGUGCGUGCAGCGCCCAGUGGACUGCCACCACAGCCUGGGCAGGGAUCAUAGGAAAUCACUGUGAGAGUGAUGGUUGGUCAUUGGGUGCUACAUUGGCUAUGCAGGAAUGGCAAGGCUAUGCAGGUAGUGUUCCUCCGUGGCGUGCGCAGAGCAGCCAAGCAGCUCCUGCAAUCCCACCGCAGCCGAACCAGGAACCAGUUGUGAGGAGCCCAGUAGGUGCAUCUAGCCCAGGUCCACCACCGUUGGACGCUGACGAACGGGCGCGACGAGAAGCUGACGAGGUCGCUGCCGCGGCCGCAGAAGCUCCGCCUC